GUACUAUUCUGUGCGUGUCUCGUCGCUCUGAAGACCCUUUGCUGGGCGGCGUCGUGUUGCUCGGCGGCUGUGCGUAACCUAGCGGUGGGGAGAGACCGGGCUGCGAUUAUGGUUGGGAGAGAGCGAAGGUGGACAGGCAGUCGGAUUUAACACGGAGAAACGGUUUGACUUGAUGGCUCCGAAACCGGACCCGAGACCUAAAUUUCAAGAAGGUGCUGAUGGACUUGCUGUCUUUUAAUAAAACAGAAUAUGCUGGAAUCACUCAGCAUCUGUGGAGAGAGGAAGGUGAACGUGUCUUGUGUUUCCAUGGGCCAUUGCUUUACGAGGCUAAGUGCGUAAAGGUUGCUAUAAAGGACAAACAAGUGAAAUACUUCAUACAUUAUAGUGGCUGGAAUAAGAAGACAAUCCCUACAUCCCUGGAAGCACUUUUGGAGAACCCUGCUGCAAUGACACUGAGUUGGGAUGAAUGGGUUCCAGAAAGCAGAGUGCUGAAGUAUGUGGACACAAACCUGCAAAAGCAGAAAGAACUACAAAAGGCUAAUCAAGAGCAAUGGGCAGAGGGCAAGAUGAGGGGCGCUGCACCGGCCAAGAAGGCUUCCACAAUGCAACAAAAGAAUGUUGAAAUAAAAACAAAGAAGAAUAAACAGAAAGCCCCCACAGCUGGUGAUGGAAGUAGCACCAGUGAAACGCCACAACCACCCAGGAAGAAAAGGGCAAGAGUGGACCCCACAAUGGAAAGUGAGGAGACAUUUAUGAACAGGGUUGAAGUAAAGGUAAAAAUACCAGAGGAGUUGAAACCAUGGCUCGUGGAUGAUUGGGACCUGAUCACUCGUCAAAAACAGCUGUUUCACUUGCCUGCUAAAAAGAAUGUUGACACUGUUCUGGAAGAGUAUGCUAACUACAAAAAGUCACGUGGGAACACUGACAAUAACAAGGAAUAUGCUGUUAAUGAAGUAGUUGCAGGAAUAAAGGAAUACUUCAAUGUGAUGUUGGGGACUCAGCUGCUGUACAAAUUUGAGCGUCCACAAUAUGCAGAGAUCCUGGCAGAUCACCCUGAUGCAUCUAUGGCACAGAUUUACGGAGCACCACAUCUCCUUCGAUUGUUUGUGCGAAUAGGAGCAAUGCUAGCGUACACACCUUUGGAUGAGAAGAGUUUGGCCUUGCUGCUAAAUUACUUGCACGAUUUCUUAAAGUACUUGGUGAAGAAUGCUUCAAGUCUCUUCAGUCCAAGUGAUUAUGAAGUGGCACCACCAGAAUAUCAUCGAAAGGCCGUGUGACUGUGCUAACUGUAAUUUCACCUUUUGGUAAUGAUUUCUUUUUGUAUUUAACUUUUUUUUGUACAGGUUUUUUUUAACCAAUUUGAAGUACAGCAGUUGUUGCCGCUGGUACCUGCAGCAAUGAGGUUCCAAAUGUAAUUUGUAAACCAUUUUAGUAGACUUUUACCAUUGAUGGUUUUUCAUCCUCUGGUAGUCUUUUUGGCAAAUGGAGUGUGGGUAGUGGAGCCAGUGUGGAGUAAACCAGAUACUUUAAUUCCUGAAUGGUUUGGUUUUUAUCCUCGGAUACAAACAUUAAAAAUGUUCUUAAUCAUGGUUAUGUUGUAAACAUCCAGUUUAUGCUUAUUGGUUAUAUCAUAGCCCUGGUUUUUGGGCUGAUAAAUUAGUUUGAACUUGGGUUCCAUGAUAACAAAGAACAAGUUUGUAAUUUUUCAGCUCUUGAUGAUACAAGGAGGUGGAUUUUAACUGUACCACAUGCUGCAUGUGGAUUUCUAUCCAUUUGUGGAAAAUGCAUUUAAUAGUCAGAUUUUUUUUGUUUGUAAAAAUGCACUGUUGAGUGCUUAAUACCGAUGGAAAAUGGAAGCAACUUCCAUUCCACACUUUCAACCUGGAGAAGGAAGCAAAUUCCUGUAAAAGUGAGCUUUGAAAAGCUAAUUAAAUUCUCUUGGCAGGAAAGAAGAAACAUUUUUCUUCCUCCUUGCCUGAGGGUGCUGAUCUGUCUGGGGUGCAGUCACACUCCACGUUUUUAGCAGUGUUCUGGCAUCCUUCUGCGAUAGCCGUUUUUCAUGUGUGAACCAUAUCAAGGGCACACACAACAAGCUCUGAAGUCAUUAAACAGCAUUUGGUUCAGAUCCCUGUCGAACCGUCUGCUCUGGCUACUUGGGUUAGAAACCCUUCAGCCCAGACUGGGACGUCUUCCCUGUUGUGGAUGCCAAGUCUACACUCGGGUAGUCUGUAGGGGAAGGGUGAUGCAUUGGGGAAGGUGAUGUAUUGUUUCCUCAAAUUUUGUACAGAACUAACUUGUGUUGAAACUUUUGCUGGUUAAUCAGAGUUUACUUUGCUGAAAGUCUUACGAUAGUGAUGCAGCCAACAGCUGAUGGACUUCCUCGCCAAUCUGCACAGGACUACAGGGAAUCACAAAAGCAUUGUCAAAAGCCUGUGCACAGCAGUGCGGGAGUGGGACAGAGCAGCCUAACCAUAUACAACUCAAGAAAUCUCCAUUCCUGCACAAAUUGUAUAUAGAAAAACCUUUGUGGCACCAAUGACAGUGAUAUCACCAGGAAGGACAAAGUGCGAGAUUCUACCAGAGAAAUAUAUUGCCAUCCCUGGUACAUUGGCUUUGUACAGCAAACAGAGCUGUCACUCUACUGCAUAACAUCAAUAAAUGGAUCUUUUUGGGAGUCGAUUUUCCAAAGAUGCAGUUAUGUAAAAUCUUCUGUUUUUUUUAGAUUCUUCUCUGCAUUUGUAUUUGAUAAUGUACAAUAUUCAAAUUCAUGUUCAUUUUUUAUACAACUUAUUAUAAGUAAACCUGUGGACUUUUCAAAGUCUGUUUCUGUUCAUUGAAGACUGGGCAAGUCUAAGAACUUGUACCUGAGAAUGGAAGGUCCAAUCUGAUGCUCACUUUCAACGCGCAUCAGAACUUGAUGAGACUUGCCUGUUGUUUGUGUACAUAAAUAAAAAUUGUAUCCUUGUGUUUGUAAAUUCCAGUAAAAUGUUGAAUGAUG